UCUCUGUCCGAACAGUUGUUUAGGCAAUAGCGUACGAGGCGGUUGUAAAGCGUUCACGAAUUUUCGCUCGACGAGAUUUUAUUAAUUGUAUUCGCGCAGAUACACGACGAACAGCAUAAACGGAUAAAACAAACAAAGAACGACGUUCAUCAUUAAAAUUCUUGACGAUCUCAAUUGAAGAAGUUCACUAAUUGUAAAAAUGAGCAACCUACAGCAGAUUACGCUUGAUAUGGAUCAGUUAGCCAGUCAAAAAACACCAGCUAAAAAUCAAGUUAACCACGCUGAGCCCUUGGACGUUGUAGAUGGACGUAAAGUGCGCAUACCUCGAGCAGUGCCUGAAAUCGAUGACGACGAUGAUGAACGACCUUCUGCGAAUGGCUUCAAUGCGGGCGUGGACGAUGGCUUGCUAGGUAAUGGAGACGAGAACUUCGGCACCAGUGUACCUCAGCCGAAUGGAGGACGUCGUCCAAGCUUUGCUUUUCCGGGCUAUGAUGGUCCUGGCUUUGUGACCAUCAAUGGUGUAGAUACACCCAUACCGGAUGUGAAUGCCUAUCAGCAUAAGAAGACACUCGCUCAGGGCAUGAUGGAUCUGGCGCUGCUCUCAGCCAAUGCGAACCAGCUUCGUUAUGUACUUGAAACGAAUCGCCAGCACCCGUACUUUUAUCCCAGCUUAAUAUUCAUAUCAUUAAGCAUUAUAUUUCAGAUUGCAGUCGGCGUUGGCCUUAUUUGGAAUGGCAGAUACAAUAUUAAGAACGAACGCGAAAUAUGUCGUGCGAACAAAAUUAAUAAUUACACAGUCAUCGGCAUCUUUAUUGUGACCGUUGUCAAUGUUUUAAUAUCUGCCUUUGCUGUGGCCGAUGCCACGCCCCCAGCCACAACGUAGUGUAAUAAUUAAUU